AUGGUGCAUUGGUCCGCCGAGGAGAAGCAGCUCAUCACCAGCAUCUGGGGCAAAGUCAACGUGGAGGAAUGCGGUGCCGAAGCCCUGGCCAGGCUGCUGAUUGUCUACCCCUGGACCCAGAGAUUCUUUGCGUCCUUUGGGAACCUCUCCAGCCCCACGGCCAUCAUGGGCAACCCCAGGGUCCGUGCUCACGGUAAGAAAGUGCUGAGCUCCUUUGGGGAAGCCGUGAGGAACCUGGACAACAUCAAGAACACCUACGCCAAGCUGUCGGAGCUGCACUGCGACAAGUUGCACGUGGACCCCGAGAACUUCAGGCUCCUUGGGGACAUCCUGAUCAUCGUUCUGGCUUCCCACUUUGCCAGGGAUUUCACUCCUGCCUGCCAAUUUGCCUGGCAGAAGCUGGUCAACGUUGUGGCUCAUGCUCUGGCCCGCAAGUAUCACUGA